GAGUGUCUGCGGGCACAGACUCUGAGGGCGACUUCAUCGAUGAUGCUGACGACGUGGACAGCGACCUAGCUGAGAACUUGUCGCGCACCAGCAGCGAGCGCAGUGGGGGUCGUGGCAUCAACCGCGACGACAACACCAACACCGCCAGCAACAACAUCUCCACUUCAGCUUCAACCGCUGCUACAGCAUCUACCACAACUGUCGCGAACGCUGAGGAAUCGGCUUCGGUGACCCUUAGAAGUCAGACGUCGGAAGGCGGAGUGCCCAAUAUGGCUUCGUCGUCCUCGUCGAGUGGCGGUGGGGGUGGUGCCGGCCCUCCCCUUCCCCCGCCCCCUGCCCUGCCCCCCCGCACCUCCAAGGCACUGAGCCAGGUUGCUGAGAACUCCCCUCCCCUCCCUCCACGUAACCCCUCCCUGUCCAAUAAAGCCACACUGGGGAUUAACCUGGACACAGUGGUACCCAUCUCUCCACCAGCACACCAUGGCUCCUCGAAAUCUCUCGACACGAGAAAAGACAGGUUUUCUUAUGGUCAGGGUAGCCACGAUGGCUCGGAGACCGGCUCUUUGCCUGGCAAACUAGAAUACAUUGACUAUGACCCAGCGUCCCCAAACACUUUAGAGCGGAUCGAGAAGUCAGAACCCGUGAUCACUGUGGAGCUGCGGCGGGGUGGUCAGAACAAGAGUGGCUCCAAGAAGAAGAAACGAGAGUCCAGUCGUAAGUCGAGUGGGUCGAGCCGUCCGAUGUCGUCUGCCUCCACGGCCUCCACAUCAUCCUCCUACAUCUACCCAGACAUCAACGCCUUCCCCGAACUACGAGCCUACAACAAUGAUGAUAAUCUCUACGUAGAUUUAGAAGAUGAGCACAUCUACGGGAAGGCCUCGGACAUCUACGUCAGCCGCUUUGAGUCCGAGCCGUUGUACCAGUGGUACAGCAAGGACAAGAUGAUCCAGGUGAUCCGAUCGGAUAAGUCGGACGACCUGUCGGAUGAAGAGUACCUGGAGCACGGACAUGCCGACGAGCAGUCCAUCUACGAGGACGUGGAGCGUCUCCUGGAGGAGAGCAGCAGCAACUCCAGCCUGGCCGCGACGUCUAACUCUUCCAGUGGUAGUGGCGGUGGCGGUGGCGGUAACGGUGGUGGUGGGGGUGGUGGCAGCAGCAGUGGGAAGUCUGCACAGAACAACCGUCUGAGUGUUGGUGGUGGGGGUCUGAGCGCUCGGGACAAGCCACAGAGACGGUCGGUCAUCGAGGACGUGUUCAAGAACGGCGGGACGCUGCACAGGGCGCUGUGGUGCCAGAUGCCAGAGGUCGUUGACAGUGGCAUCCUGAAAAACAUUUCGGAUAAAGAAAAGAAAAUUCAAGAGGCAAUGUUUGAAAUCAUGACGUCGGAAGCGUCGUACUUGAAGUCCCUGAAGAUCUUGAUCAGCGUCUUCCUGAUGGCGCCCGAGUUCUCGGUGGACAUGUCUGACCGCAGCGUCAUCACGUACAGAGACCGCCAGGUGCUUUUCUCCAAUAUCGGCAGCAUCAAAGACAUCAGUGAAGGGUUUCUCAAGGACCUGGAGUCUCGCUGGCAGGAGUCCUACUUCCUGAACGAUAUUUGUGACAUCAUCGAGAAACACGCUUCGGAAAAGUUUGAGCCUUACGUUCGUUACUGUAGCAACCAGCUCUUCCAGGACAGGGCCCUCAACACUCUCAAACAACGGCCAGAGUUCAACGAGGCGGUCAAACGUCUAGAGCAGCACCCGGACUGCCAGUUCCUUCCCUUGGGCUCCUUCCUGCUCCUUCCCAUGCAGCGAAUCACCCGUCUGCCCCUGCUGGUGGACGCCAUCUGUCACAGACUCGAACCAGGGAGCCCUCGCCACCUCAGCGGACAAAAAGCCCUCUACAGUCUCAGAAAGGUGGCUAAACGAUGCGAUGAGGCGGCCAAGAAGAUGCAGCAGACAGAACAGAUUUGUCUACUGGCCUCCAACCUCGAGUUUAAGAUAAAGGAGUUCCCACUAGUGUCUGCAUCCCGGUUCCUGGUCAAACAAGGGGAGUUAACCAUGGUGAAGAGUGACGGGACCACCCGCAAACCUCUCAGCAAACUUCUGGGGCACAAUAAGGAAAAUAUCUACUUAUUCCUCUUCAACGAUAUUCUGCUUCUCACCAAGAAGAAAGGCGUGACCUACCAGGUGAGGGACUACUGCCAGCGCAACUCGCUGCACGUGGAGGCCAUUGACCACCCGGACAAGUCUCGGCACAUCGCGCCCGGCGCGGCGGCCGGAAUUCCCAACGUCUUGUUCCUGGCCAUGUUGGCGAACCACGAGAACAAGCAGGUGGAGCUGGUGUUGUCGGUCAAGUCGGAACUGCCCCCAGCACCAGUGCGUGAGGAAGUACAUCGCGCAGCAACCGGAUGAGCUCAACAUGGAAGAGUCGGAUGUGAUCAACGUCACUCGCAAGAUGGGCGACGGUUGGUGCGAAGGAGAGAGAAUCCGCGACGGGGAGAAAGGAUGGUUCCCCGCCAGCCACACAGAGGAGAUCAACAACAGUCACGUGAGGGCCCGCAACUUGAGACUACGCUACCGGCUCAUGAUUGCCUCCUCGCAGGAGUACGCGCCCGUCGACUACAAGCACUGAGCCUAUGUGUCUCUCUGGAUGAGCCUGUGUCUGGUUGAGUAUCGAUCUUGAUGAGCCUGUGUCGGGUCGAGUAUCGAUCUGGAUGAGCCUGUAUCUGGUUGAAUCUAUCCGGAUGAGCCUUUAUCUGGUCGAGUUUCUAUGUGGAUGAGCCUGUAUCUGGUUGAGCCUAUGUCCGGUUGACACUCUGUGGUUGAGUCUAUCCAGAUGAGCCUGUAUCUGGUUGAGUCUCUAUCUGGUUGAGUCUCUAUCUGGAUGAGUCUCUAUCUGGUUGAGUCUCUAUCUGGAUGAGUUUCUAUCUGGUUGAGUCUCUAUCUGGUUGAGUCUCUAUCUGGAUGAGUUUCUAUCUGGUUGAGUCUCUAUCUGGUUGAGUCUCUAUCUGGUUGAGUUUCUAUCUGGUUGAGUCUCUAUCUGGUUGAGUCUCUAUCUGGUUGAGUCUCUAUCUGGUUGAGUCUCUAUCUGGUUGAGUCUCUAUCUGGAUGAGUCUCUAUCUGGUUGAGUCUCUAUCUGGUUGAGUCUCUAUCUGGUUGAGUCUCUAUCUGGAUGAGUCUCUAUCUGGUUGAGUCUCUAUCUGGAUGAGUCUCUAUCUGGAUGAGUCUCUAUCUGGAUAAACCUUUAUGUGGAUGAGCCUGCGUUUGGUUGAACUUGUAUCUGAUUGAACCUGUAUCUGCUAAGGUCUCUAUCUGGAUGAGCCCGUAUUCAGUUAAGUCUGUAUCCGGUUGGGCUCUAUCUGGUUGGGUCCCCUGUCUGGAUGGUCAUCUCCUUAUAAGAGCCUCUAUCUGGACCAGACUCAAUUCUUUCUCUUUGUUAUUCCACACUGGUGUAUCUCAACUGUGAAGGGAGGUGUCAAAUUUCUCCCCUGUGUUGAGGAAAGUUUUCGUAGAAAUGUGUGGCUCAGCAAAAUAUGAGAAAUGAGAGACGGCGAAAUGUGUGAGAAGUUUAAGUGUGAGAAGCCAAAAUAAUAUGUGAGAUGUAAAUGUGCGAUGGCUGAAGGUAGACUUAUAGACCACAAGAAUGUUCUAGUUCUGCCGUGAAAGAUAAAUGCUUAAAUUAAGUAAACUCUGGUGACAGUUACAGUUGUUACCCAGGAUCAAGUGCUGAGGAUGGAAGAUGUCUUUUGUUUGUUCAGCCUUAUUUUGCUUAUUAUGAGCUUGAGAAAACCAAUGAUAUUGCUGGAAACUGAUGCUAUGUAAAUUUGAAACAUGACUUAUGAUUUUUUAACAUGUUCACCCAAAAGUUUAAAAAA